GCCAGCUCCGGGUCAUUCCCUAUCCGUGUGCUCCAUCGGAAGUGGUCGUCCUUUUCCGGAGCUCCAUUGGACCCGGCCGUUGUCAGUUAGAUUCCCUCACAUUGAGCCCCGUCCGCCUCUCCGGCUCUGUGUCUGCUAGGACUACCGUCAUAUUGGUUGCUACAAGCUGCGGCGACCACGGCAUAAACGAAGACCCCACCAUGAUGAAGAACGGGUUGUCGCGGCUUUCAAAGACUAGUUUAGCUUUUAAAUAAUUUGGACUUGUAUUUUUUCGGAAUCUGUUUUAAAAUGUUCGGAAUGAUACCAUUAAGUAUUUUUGUCCGCUUAGUGCUUUCAUCCAACACCGUGGUCCGCAAGGGGGAUAAAUGCCUGACUUCUCUUAAUAGCCAUUUUUUGCAGACAAAGAGAGCUGUUGAGUAGGGAUUUAAGAAAGCACACGGGUCCAAGGGGCUCCUAUUAAUGAAGAAAGUUGGCAACAUGUGGAGCAACCUGAAGAGCAGAUGCCAGACACUUUUUCACAGUUCAGGACCCUGUGAAAGCAAGGUGGAGGCUGAUGCUGUCCACUGUGUGGUGGAUCACGGUGAAGGAGGUGGCUCAGCUGAGGCUCAAGGACAGAGAGCCUCCAGCCCAUCGUGGGGUCUCCUACCAGUGCCAGCAGUCACAACAGGACGCCGCCAUCAUAACUGUGUGUCAGAUAUACCACAGAUUGUAGAGAUUACCAUUGACAAAGACACUGAGGAUGUGCGUGGGGGGUCUGGGGGUGUUCCUCUGGCACGGAGAGACUCCUAUUCCCGUCAUGCUCCAUGGGGGGGCAAGAAAAAGCACUCAUGUUCCACCAAAACCCAGAGCUCUUUGGAGACUGAACGGCGUUCUGGGCGGUUAAGGGGGAGUGGAAAUCGCAGAGACAGACGUUAUGGAAUCAGCUCCAUCCAGGAGAUUAAUGACUCUGUUUCUGGAGGACGCAGCCUGAAUGCUCGUUCUUUGCGGCAGCGGCUAAGCGAUACGGUUGGGUUGUGCUUACCCCUGCCUGCGCGCAGACACUCGCGCUCCUCCAAGAACUCCAUCACCUCCAAACGAAAGAUUCACCUGACGGAGCUCAUGCUGGAGACCUGCCCCUUCCCACCAGGUUCAGACCUCGCUCACAAGUGGCACUUGAUCAAACAGCACACGGCACCAGUCAGUCCGCAUUCCUCCACUGCCCUUCUGGAUGCCUUCGACCCGGCCCACCCCUCACCUGAGGAUGAGGAGGAACGUCUGCGUGAGCGCCGCAGACUUAGCAUCGAGGAAGGUGUAGACCCGCCACCCAAUGCACAGAUCCACACCUUGGAGGCCUCAGUGCCAAGCGCCUCUCUCUACAAACUGGGACCAAAGAUGGCUCCUGGCAUGGGAGAGGCCUCCGGGGAAGGACGGGCCUGUGGGGCCGGUAGCUCUGUGGGUGCUGGAUCAUCAGGAACCUGUGGGCAGGUGUUAGGGGCUACUGCAUCAGCCCAAGACUGUGAUUCUGAGGAGGAUUCAACCACCCUAUGUCUUCAAGCCAGGAGGCCUAAACAGAGGCACGCCUCUGGCGAUGGUCAUCUGAACCGGCAGCAACCUGGACCCUGGAAGGUUCACACUCAGAUAGACUACAUCCACUGCCUGGUGCCAGACCUGUUGGAGAUUACAGCUCUGCCCUGUUACUGGGGCGUAAUGGACCGCUAUGAAGCUGAGGCACUGUUGGAUGGGCGGCCAGAGGGCACCUUCCUGCUACGUGACUCAGCCCAGGAGGACUACCUCUUUUCUGUUAGCUUCCGCCGUUACAAUAGGUCCCUGCACGCACGCAUCGAACAGUGGAACCACAACUUCAGUUUCGACGCUCAUGACCCUUGUGUUUUCCAUUCUUCCACCGUCACAGGACUGCUGGAGCACUACAAGGACCCCAGCGCUUGCAUGUUUUUUGAGCCGCUGCUAACAGCGCCUCUCCAUCGGACCUUUCCGUUUGGCCUACAGCACCUGGCACGAGCUGCCAUUUGCCGUUGGACCACUUAUGAUGGUAUAGGUUCUCUGCCGUUGCCCCCUGCUCUCCAGGACUUCCUCAAGGAGUAUCACUAUAAACAGAAAGUACGAGUUCGCUGGCUAGAGAGGGAACCGCCACUCAAGCUUAAAUGAGGUGGUUUUCUCCAUUGCCUGUACACUGCAGGAGGAUUACAGAAAUUCUUCACUUGCCAUUCAGAUGUUAUCUUGACAUGGCUUUCUUUCUGGUGGGGGAUGAAAUGAAAUAUAAAAAGCUAUACAAAUUUCAUUCUAAUCUCUGUUUUCGUUAAUACUUACCUCACAAAAAAUACAUGUGAUUAUCUUCAGUGUAACGCUGUUUGGCAAGCACAUGUGUUUGAGUUGAACAGGUUGUUUUGACAUGGAGAGACACAAGUAUCGGUGCUGUGUGUCUCUUCUCUUUUGUGCUAAAUGUCUGCCUGAUCCCACACCACCAUCCUGCUUGUAGACCUGCCUGCAUGCUUCCCCUGUUCAUACCAAAUUGCUGUUUUAGCUAAUAAGGCUAUGUUGUACAGCUCACUUUGUGCUUUUUCUUCCCCCUCUUCCUUUACCCGUCAAAGCACGUAGAGGAACACCUUACUGAGACAAAGGUGUGUGGGUUGAGAGGGCAUCUGGAGGUGCUGUUAUAUGCAGUCAGUGAGGGUCCUAUGGAUCACGCUGCACAAAAAGCAUUCUUUGCCAUCUUGUGCAUGCGGGAGCAUCAAUUAAACCGGAUUUAUGAACAGAUUUGUAGGCAGUCUUUUGGUUUUAGGACGACACAUCAGGGAAAUGAAGGACUAUAGCCAAGUCCAACACCAGCUCCUCCUCCAGCAGUAACUAUGAGUUUUGAAUGAGUCAGUCCACCAUGUUCUGUAUAGUGAGCAAGUUAAGCUUGACAGUAUUAUACCUACUCUGUGGCAAUGCUUCUGUAACAUGAUGGACAGAUCUUUCUUGCCAUUGUUACAGUUUACAAAGCAGUCUGUCAUUUCAUUAUUAGCCACUGAAUGCCGUUGUGCAUGUCACAACCAGUUAAACUCUUUUUGUAUAAUUAAGGUUAACAUUUUGGCAGCUUGGUUUCUUCAGAGUCAAUGUUUGAUUGGAAACUUGCUACUUUAAACUUAGGCCUUGAUGUUGUCAAAAAACACUGCCACCAACAGAACAACCGCAGCCUUCGCUUUAGAGUUCACGUUUUCACUUUACGACUCAAUUUCAAGUCUUUACAUCUCAACCAAAGCACGACCCUUCGUUAAACAGUUGCAUUUAUACUCAUCAGCCUUGGCACAAAAUUACUUCUCCAUAUUGUGUCAGAUCCGUUUCAUGCCACCAAGAGACACUUUUUUGACACCUGAAGCUUGUAAGUGGUCCUUUGUCCUGUGGGUUGUGAGAUUGUCUUUCACUCUCCUGCAGAACAUUGUACUGCAGCAAGAUGGUCAGUGUUAUUUGCUUCAUGUGAGUGGAUUUAAUGUUGUGGCUGUCCAGUGUAUUAUUAUAUGUACUGCUCUGAGUGUAGGCAGUAUUUUCCUCAAGAUAUCAGCAUAUCCUUUAUAGAUGAAGUCAUGUUUGACUCGAGUUGCGGCUUGGGACAAAACCAUCACUAACCUGUCACUUGUGUCAUCUUUUCAGCAUCAAGAGAAAAUAAGUGGAAACUUUGUGCCUUUCAGUAGCCAUUUGUCUUCUUCCAUAGUUGGUUGUUUUGUUGUCCAAACCUGGAGCAGGAGGCGCUUCAACACAGUUCUCGUAUAUGAGACAAAAAAAAAAAAAAAAGAAUAAUAAGGAAGAGGUGCAUGAGCUCCAAGCUCACUGACAAAUGGUGCACGUUCCAGGUUGCAGCUUUGUGGUGCUAUGUGGAAUUUAAGACCUUAUCAUUGAAAUAGGCUGUUUAUUAGAUAGCUCACAGACUCACUAAUGCAUGCAUUAGACUGUAGGCUACUGUCCUGCAGUAAGCAAUGUCAGUGCAAGAUACUGAUGUCCAGUUCUUACAUGUAACAGUUCAAGUCUGCAACUUGACACGCAGCUGUAAUGAGAGGGCAGGAAGGUUAACUCUUUGUCCUGAGUAUGCUGACGUGUCCAACGUUUGUUGACAGGAUUAUGAUUAAAAUAACAGACUAUUAGCAGCAUUUUAUUUUAAUUAGUAGUAAAUGUGGCUUUCAGAAAAUGACAAACUGUCAGACGAGGUAGAUGGUGAUAGAGUGGUUCCCAUGAGCAUUUUGGAGAAAAUGUAUUGCGAACAGAUUCCCUGAAAGGAAACAUGAAGUCCUGCCGGAACAAAACUGAACCGGCAGUUUGAUCACUGGGACAUCGGAUCUGUCAAGUCCUCAAACUUAAUUUGCUCAUCUGUCAGCUUUUCAUAUCAUUGUGGAGCAAUUUUAGUUUCCUCACCCAAGAAUAAGCUGUGUCUGUGACCAAGAGACACACACAUGUAAAUGUAUUAAGUAGAAGACUGAAGCUGGUUUAAUUUAGCGGCGUCCGGCCUGCAUUGAAUUAAGUUUGUUAUAUGAUCAAAUGAAGGCCGCUUCAGUUGGAUGGCGUAUUAAAUACUUAAUACUUUUCCGUUGUAAAAUCUAGUUUUCAUGUACUCAUCAGGCAGACAUUUCCAUUCAUCUCAUAAAAUAUAAUUAAAAUUUAAUUUAUCCACAUUUACUAGCCUUUUUUUUUUUAGCUGCAAAGCAAAUAUGUACUGAUUAUUUCCUCACAAGUCUUGAAACAUUUUCCACUGCACUUUGUUGUGAGGAAUCUUGCAUGUUACUCAUCUAUUUGUGUUAGUGGCAGUGAUUUUUAACAUUUUUAGGGUUUUUGUCAUUUCACACGGAACUGUAAUAUCCAAACACACAUCAUGCAUCCAGCUGCCUCUCUCACUGCCACCUGUCGCUCGAUCACAAGCUAACUUUGCCUCAUUGGGAUGUAAAUUUUCUGGGUACCAGAAGAGCCGCUCUGUGCUGCCUUAUGGCUGCUGUAUGACAGUGAGAGGCACUUUUUUCAUUAUUAAUAUAUUAACCUACUCUCUCUCACAUGGCCUCAUCCCUGUCUUCCUAUUGGGGCAGUGGCACGCAGCGGGGGCAAAGGAUUUGUUGAAGUAAAAGGCACUUUAAUCGUGUAUUUGUGUUCCACAGUGCAGUCUGAAAAAGUAUUAGGACGGUGAAGUGUUUUUUGUUUGUUUGCACUUUACUCCAGCAUAUUGGAUGCGGAAUGACAAUAGAGGGUUUACAUGGUAGGACUUGUGACCUUUGUACAGCGGCGCCCACUUCUGGAAAUGUCUUUUUUUUUUUUUUUUUUUGCAGUUUAUCGUUGCUGAAUUUUGUAUUAUUUACAAAUCAUUAGUCUGCUUUGAUGACUGCAAGCCCGGAAUUUGCCUCCAGAGAUCAGGUGACUGACUUGCCUCAUCCAGUAUAGUGAGGAUGAUUUUUUUUUUUCUUUUUUUUUUUGACUGUACCUCUUUUGGCUUCGAUUUUAAAUGAGGAGUUUUUCUCUCUUCACACAAGCAUUUGACCCCCUCAGACAUCCCUAAAGAAGAGCUAGGUGUUCGAUGAUGGGUAUACUGCUCUAAGAGAGCAAACUGAAACAAACGGAAAUUUCCUUGCGUCCAAAAACUUUUGCACAGCGUUCUAUGUGUCAGCUCACGGUGGCCAGACUUGUGAUGAGUGUUAACAAGGACAAAAAAGGAAAAAAAAAAAAAAGGGCUGGUGGUCAUGAGAUGUUUCACUUAUGUUGAAGACGUGAGAUGUGUGGAUGGAGCUGUUUUCUCAGUCUCGCUGCAUUUGUCGGAGUAUGUUAGCGUAUGGACAGAGCCACACUGGGGGGGUUGUUCCUGUGGAAUGGGGGAUGCAGAGUGUAAUGUGUGGGGUGGCGACAGUGACUCCUAUGAACAAUGCCUCUCUUCCCCCUGUUCCAGUCCCCCCUCCUCCUCCCCUUAUAGUCUCAGGCAGGCCCAUUGCAAAAGAGAGUCCCUGGACCCUCUCAACCCAGUUUUCCCCAUGGGAAAUAUCUGACAUUAACAGUAGUACAUGUUUGCCAUAUAACAUGUAGAUUUAGGUGGAAAAAAUUAAAAACAUUGUAUGUAUGAUGAAUGGAUUUAUGUAAUAGCUUGAUGAAAAAACUUUAUUCUUUUGUGGUGCAUAAACUGUCUGGAACACACAUGCAAUUGCACACUUACUAACUGCGCUUCUUCUGACAGCUGCACUAUCCCAGGUAUCUACACACACCCCCCCGCAACCCCACCCUAAGCCAGGGAUGUAUAUACAUGGACCACAUUUAGCCAGCACCACCUUUCUAUGUAACUCCCCACAAAAAAGGGAAGACAAAGAUGGGUAUUUAUGAUUUUAUUUUAUUUUAAAGACAAAAAAAAGAAAAAAAAUGUCAUGAAUAUAACUUUUUUUUUUUAACCUUAUAUUGUCAUACAUUUGACUUUAUUUGGCUGCACUAUUGGAGCCUCAUUUGUGGCAGGAAACCACUGGAUCCAGUCUGGAUGAGAGACAGGCUGGUUGUGUCAAUAGCUGUCUCAUUUAAAGCAACAGCAAUACCCCCCUCCUGGGUGUAGGAAUCCUACCCCUCAUCCCUACCCCGGUACGACUUAUGGUUUCAGAUCUUAACGAGGAAAACAAAAUAGAAAUUGAUUGUUUUUUCCUUCUUGUUCCCAUAUAUAUUUAAAACAAAAAGCUGGGUUAAGUGCUAUAUGCAAGCAGAAAAGAUUUAUGAAAGAAAUAUUUUUCAUUAUUACUUCUCCCUGAUAUGCAAUGGAGUGUAGUUUAACAAUGGUUGCAAUCCUCUGUCACUUUAAUGCUGUAUGUGCACAUUGGUUGCUGUGUGGAUGUGGGUGCCGAGGCAACGGGACUUGACAAUGAUGGGAACUAAUGGUUGUCACUCUGCAGCACCACCGUGUUCCCAGCCUUUCUUAUUCAUUUUGGCUGAUCACAAAAGCCCUUUAAACUUGGGGCCACCGCCACAGGCUGACCAAGCCGUUGUCAAAUGAAUAUUGCUGCCCCCACUUCCAUGCUGUCAGAUAGGAUUUGGAGCAUGUAAAUGGCAUUAUCAUGUUCACAUUUCACUGUCUGUUCUGUGAUCCCAAUUUACCAGUCAAAGAAAGAAACAGUUUUCCAGUAUAACCUGUUCAUUUUUAAAAAGCCGUAUGAUGCGACACUUGUAGCUGUCACUCUUGGUGCUUGGCUUAUGCUUCAUUGUCUUAAUAUUCCAAAUAAAACUGUUAAGUGUAA